GAUGACUUUAACCCAAGUGAGACUCAAUUGCGGAGUAGAUUAAAGAAAUGGCGUGUUACCAAACCCUCUCGGCAGACUCGGAAAAAGUCUCAGGAUGACCAACCGGAUGUCAAUGGAGAUAGCAGUAGUCACGAGGCAGGGUCACCAAAGGACGAGACUCCAAUUUCUCCUAAGACCCAGUUGUGCUCGACACAGAAACCAGAUACAGUAUUAUCCUCUUCCGAACCAGACUUCUACAUGGGCGAUGGAUCAUAUACGCAUCAUGAUUUCCCUACCACAGGAUCCUUCAACAACCAGAAUGCUUCCAACGCCUGGGCUCAUGACAGGGAUUCUUCUGUGGUAGUUAUUUCUAACUCUAACUCCUUCGAACCAUCAUCCCAUACCUCGCCUCUAAUAGAUGGCGUUAUACUUGACUCGGCGUCCUCGAUGGGCUCGUUCCAAAACUCUCAUUAUGCGGUGACAACAGCCUCAUGCAUGACAACUCCGACAACUGCAGAGACAGCACCCAUCAGUUGGGUUGUGCCUCAGUGGUAUCCGAUACAUUUAGAGGCUGGUGCUCACCCUUCAUCAAUCCCAUAUUACACAGCCCCACCUCUGAGCCCCCCCAUCGAUCCAGCAAUGCAGAUGGUAUCUCCACACCCUCCUCAUCGGCUAUACUCACCCCCUUCCCCAGGGUGCUCGUUCUCGCAUGAGCAGGUGUUUGACCUACAUGACGCGAGGAAGCCAUCUUUCCGCAGUAUGCCUAUUCCCUAUAGCCCCGGUACCGCUGGCGGUCACUCAAGGGCCAACCAAAAGGGAGGGCAGCAAGAGAAGAUGUCAUUCCCUACCAAGUUAUCCAACCACUCUCCGGUUGGACCAGUAACUCAGUCCCCCAAUUUCCCCAGCGGACAUCCUGUGAUGUGUGCGCCGACAUUUCCCUAUUGACCAAAACACUUUAUAUCUAUAUACCUCUCUCGGCAUUGAUUGUCGGUCUGCUUCCGUUUCUGCAUUCAUAAAAAUAUAUAGGUAUUCACAGUGCUAUUCCAAGACUUCUUGAGUAAUGUGUUACCAUGCAUGAAAUUUUCCUUUUUCUCCAUUUUACCCAUCCCCCCACCCCCUUCCCUUCUUUUGGUGGUCUUGGUUUGUCUAUGCGUAUAUGGAAUUUGGAGAGGAAAAUGGUGGAAUUUUCGUUUACGGCGGUGGUAUGCUGAAUAAUGAAGCUACAUGAUCUCAGCAGGCCAUGAGAUCCUUGGCGCAACGGCAGGUCCUACAGGAUCAGGGGAGUAUUAUUUGAUAUCCAUGAGCAAAGAAGGAGUUAAGGUGUCCA